UUUACUAACCAGGCCUGAUGUUUCCUUGCGUGGUUACCCAGCUUAAAAAAAAAUCCAAGAUGGAGGCUCGCAUUGGCAAAAGUCGAACGCCGAAUAUCCUCGACCGGCCGCUCAGCAAAGGCAGAAAUGAGAUCAAUGUGAGCACGUUUGCGCUGUUGUUCUCGGAAAUGACUCAAUACUGUCAGAAUCGGGUGUUUACAGUCCCCGAACUACAGACAAAGCUGUCAGAUCUUGGGCAGCAUGUUGGAGCCAGGAUUCUUGAUGUGCUAGUACUACGUGAGAAGGGACUUAAGAGGGAAGUCAGGGUCUUAAACAUCCUACUCUUCAUUAAAUCUGUCUUAUGGAAGUCCUUGUUUGGCAAGGAGGCUGAUAAACUGGAGCAAGCCAAUGAUGAUGACAAGACUUAUUACAUUAUAGAGAAAGAGCCACUUGUCAACAGAUUUAUUUCAGUUCCGAAAGACAAAGGGAGUCUAAAUUGCGCAUCAUUUGUGGCUGGGAUAGUUGAAGCAGUACUACAUGGAUGUAACUUUCCUGCAAAAGUCACAGCCCAUUGGCAUAAAGGCACCACCCUCAUGGUCAAGUUUGAGGAGUCCGUCAUUGCUAGAGAGAAGACAAUGGACGCAAGAUAACUGCUACAAAUAUCAAUUAUUUUAUCUCAAAUCUAACAAAAGCUAAUCCCAACUGAGCAUUCCUGUGAAAAGAAAACUUAGUAAUCUGAAUCAAAGGAAUGUAACAUUAAAAUGGUAAUUUUUGAGUAAGUGUAGAGUUUGACAAAUAUGAGUUUAAAGAAAGCCAAUCAAGCCGCUGUUUUAUGCAGUCACACAAGCAUCCAUUCCCAUCAGCUAAUUCAAAAGAGUAACCGAGAUGUUUUCAAUCAAAUAUCAUCAAUAAUGUAUUAGACUUAAUUUUUAGAUUGUUAUUUUGAAGUUCUUGUGAAUAAACCUCUGUAUUUUCAAUGAUAAACAAUAACAAAGGAGUGGUUGAUUGACAUUCUUUAAGGAACAGGGGAAAGUUUGUCAGAAUGUAACAGAAUAAUCUGCGAACUAUUUCCGGCUGCACGCAGGCUAGUAACAGAAUUUUUUUUUUUUAGUAAAAAACAAACAGUGAAAACUAAUGAGUUCCAGGGGUGUAUGAGUUUAGUGUUGGAUUAUAUUAUUAUAGGACGACAGAUAACAGCCAUCUAUUAAGUAUAACAAGCAUUACAACCAUGUAAAUUCCCUUUUUAUUUACAAUAAACUUAUUUGAAUUUUU